AUGGAGGAUCCCUAUGCGGUGCUGAGUCGGAUCCUCGAGAGUCCGCUCAAGAGGCCCUUCCAGAUCACGGUCGAGAGCACGUACGCCAGUACGCUCACGGUGACGGCGGACGACGGUGGUUACAUGGUGGAACAUUCGAAUCGAGCCUUACCGGUUCGAAGGUGGCAGACGGUCCCCGAAACCGUGCGAGCGGUGGUCGACUCCAUGAGCGUAGGCCGCAUACGAAAGCUCACGCUCAAACCGAAGGGUAACAUCAGGACCACGUACGCCUUGUUCGAUGCAACGGGAGGUAAGACGCAUGAGGUGGCGAACAUCCUGGCCGGGCUGACGCCGAGGAACAUUCGAGCGAGAGACAGGGGUGCCGCCGCUGCACCGGUUCCCGUUCCGGCUCGGAGGGGUUUCAAGGCUCCGGACCCCGACGAGUCGCCGCCGUCGAUGCCUCCUUCCCGUCUCGCCCCCCCUAGAGGCGCGGUUCGGGCCGCCGCGCCGAGCGGUGCUGCUGUCGCCAGGGGGGUCUUCGGGCCUCCGAAUCCGUCGAGAGGUCCCUUUCGAGGUGCGGUUCAGCCCGUAGUCCCGAGGCGUGUGCCCGUCGUUCGUAGCGCCGCUCCGAUAGGUGUGCCGGCCGUGUUGCGUCCGGAAGACAACAUGCUCGUCGACGACAGGCGUAACGAAGUGAUAUCCUUCGAGGCCAGCGCGUCGGGUGCGAUCUUCGUGAAGAGACUAUUCGACAGGACUCGACGGACCUCUAAGGAGGUGGUGCUGAAGAUCUACCCACGGAGACGCGGUGGUAUGACGGCGGCGGACGCUUCCGGUGGGAGUACGGAGUACUUCUUGUAUGGGUACUGCAACAAGAUGUUGGACCUCGGCAUCACCGCCGGCAUCAUGCGGAUGGUGGAGGCUCCGCAUCUCUCGCAUCUCUCGACGAAUCAGCAGCUGGUGGGUAAGGAGCAGCAUGUCGUGCAGCUGGUGCGCAGAUACACCGCCAAAAAGGGGAUCCAGAAGGGGAUACGCCCCGAUGAAGUCCGGGGACGCGGCUCCUUCGCGACGGAGUACGUCGACGGCAUGCUGUUGGCGGAUUUGUUCACGAGAGACUCACUGACUGAGCCACAGCUCUGGUGCGUGUUCAUAGACGUGCUGUACACCAUCGAGUGCUUGGUCCGGGUGGGAAUCCUGCACUUGGAUUUGCAUUUGAAUAAUGUUAUGCUGGUGGCGACCUCGGAUAUCGGGCACAAAUCCUACGAAUACACAGACAGGACGGGGAGGAAGACCGUCUUCUAUCUACCGUCUUUCGGUUAUGACGUCAAGGUGUACGACUUCGAUCGAGGCGUGAAGCACGAACCCCGCCCGUUCGGUGCUUCCGUUCGUGCGGAAUUCAAAGGUGUGGUCGCGAACGGAUUACUGACCGAAGAUGCGUACGACCGUCAAGUCCGUUGGCCCUAUACGAACCCCGACAACCCGAAUCGCUACGAUGUGGACGCUUUCAAGUUCGCCAAUACACUCACCGCAGCACUCUCGACGAAGCCAUAUAGCGCCCCCGGCUUGCUGCGUUUUUUGAACACCGCUUAUAAAAGUCCGUUCGUCGCUGGGUUCAGACAGAACACGGAUGCCGACGGAUUCGGUUUCCCCAGCGUCGUCAUAACCGACACGUAUCCCACUUCCGACCAGCUCUUCGACGGGAUCUUCAAAACGAAACCGGACCUGCUCAGGCCCGUCCCCGGAGCGUCCCGCAGCGUGUCGAUGCAGAGUCUAUACACGGAUAUCGGGACGAUCGAGGCGACCCGGCAGGAGGCCCAGAGGAGGGCUCAGGAAGAGACGAAGGCGGAGGAGGCCCAGAGGAGGGCUCAGGAAGCGGCGAAGGCGGAGGCGGCCCGGCAGGAAGCCAAGAUGAGGGCUCAGGAAGCGGCGAGGGCGGAGGCGGCUCGGCAGGAGGCCCAGACGAGGGCUCUCGAAGAGGCGAAGGCGGAGGCGGCCCGGCAGGAAGCCAAGAUGAGGGCUCAGGAAGCGGCGAGGGCGGAGGCGGCCCGGCAGGAGGCCCAGACGAGGGCUGAGGAAGAGGCGAAGGCCGAGGAUGCCCGGCAGGAAGCCCAGAGGAGGGUCGAGGAAGAGGGAGAGGGUGCGGAAGAUGACACCCAGAGGCCAGACACGACGGCAGCAGAGAAGGCUGCUGCGAUGCGAGACGCGGCGAGACGGGAAGUGGAUGAGUUAUGGGCGCAGGCGGAGCUCAAGAGGGCAAAAUCGAAACAGACGACCGGCCGUGUGGCGGAACCCGUUCGCGAGGAGGCGACGACGGUGAGACCGAUUCCACUCCAGUCGCACGAGGAUGUGGCCCGGGGUAAAGCCCUGGAGAUCGAGAGGUGGUUGAAAGAGGAGUAUGGGAAGAACCUGGAGAGAGGCGUCGAGAGCGCGUCGGCGUUUCUGAUAUCGGAUGCGGAAAGAAGAGCUUCUGCGAAGCGAGUAGAGAUCGGAAGGAAGGGUGAGCGCAGAGUCGGAUUCUCUCCCAUCGAUGACGUCCGUACGUUGCCACCGAAGAGUCCUCUAGAAGGGUCGGAACAAGGCGACCGGGGGGACGGCGAUCCCGAUGGUGGAGAAGGACGAACCGAGGAGGGACCACUCGGUCGAGGGCUGGAUGCUCUCAAAAGAGAGGUCAUGGAACGCCUCGCAGCACUGAAGCGGUCGUUCGAGGAAACCUCGUGGGAUGAGCGGGAGACGUCUCUGCCAGAGCGGCCUGAUACGGGAAACUCGGAGGCGAGCGGACGGGCAUGGAUCGUCGAAGAAGCGAAACGACGUCUCGAGGCGAUCGGGGAUCGGCGGCCGGCGGAGAUGCGAUUGAUAUCGAAGAGCCUCGAGAGGGUCUCUCGGGGUCACGAGGGGGUGAGAUCGAGCGUGGUCGCUACGGGCCCCGGCAACGAACGGGGCGCCGUCUUUCGCACCGAUGGUGACAUCGAGAGCGCGGCCGUGAGAUUCGUGAAGGAACAGGACGGACACGUUUUCGUCCUGUGCGAUCAGGGAGAUCUCGACAGCCUCCGCUCCUAUCCGGGCUGCACCAUCGUGUCCGGGAUCGAUGGACUCCCUCCGUGGGUUUGGACCCAUGGGAACAUUCUCUUCGUCGGCUCGAAUCGAGCAUUCGAUGCGGUCCUCCGACGCUUGCGUGAGAUCCCCGGAGUUGAACGCGCGAAGGUCAGCAUCAUCUUGGGCUCUGAAGAGGCACGAUCGAUGUCACCGGAGGACGCGGAGCGGCUGUAUGAUCUGAGCGCGGGCGGUCGCCGGUCGGAAAAUAUUGGCACGCGCGACGUAGAUUCCAAGACGCUGACCGAGUUCUGGGAAGCAUUGACCAAGGUCGUAGACGCAGCCAGCACUCGGCUGAGGACCGUGGGCGGACUCUCCCGGGAGCUUCAAAAGAUGAAGGUCAGACUUCAUCGGGACGCGAGCGUGCGCGGGAAGCAAGUCGUCUUGGACGACCUCUUUAAGAAUUUCGUCGCCCUCAAGUCGGCGGUGUGUGCGACGACCGACCCACUGAUCUUCGUGCGAGACGCCGAUGGGAACGUCACUGCGCAGAGCUGGAAGCCCGACGCGCGCCGUGCUCGUCCCUCUCCACGAGAGGUAUCCGUUAUUCAUCCGAACAUCUGGAAAGACUACCGCGAGUACGAGAAGCCCGGGCCGACCCCACCGGUGGACCCUGGCCGCGUCCCGGAAGAUGACGAAGGGGCCAUGGAAGACGAGGUGCCGCUCCGUCGCCCCCCGCGAAAGCGACGGGGCGAUACGUCCCCCGGCCCCAGCGAGGGUCGGCACCCCGUUCCGGAGGAUAAGGACGAGGAGCCGGAGGAACCCGAGCCCACACGGCGAGCCACAAGAGGCGAUGCCGGGGAGGAGCUGGAGACGAACGACGAGAGUCGGACGGGCUCUCUGGAUUCCGCCGACGAGCCGAGCAGGGAAGGGAAUUACGAGCGGCUCGCGAGCGACGACGACGACUCUUCGGAGAGCGAAUCCGACGAAAAGCGCCCGAGGACGGUCGUCACGGGUCCUGGACGCGAACGGGGCGGGCUGAUUCGCUGUCUCGGAGACAUGGCCGCGGCCGCGAUCCUGUACGCAUCCGCUCAGCAGAACGUGGUCUUCUUCGUCACCGACAUCCCCGCCCGGGACUUCGAGGCUUUCGAUCACUCCGACUGCGUGUUUCGAGUGAUCUCUCCCGGCAAGGCCGCUACCGAGUUGCCGGACUGGGCAUGGGUGUCCGGGAACAUCCUCUUCACGGGGCCGAAGAGCAUGACCUACGCCGUCCGGAAGAAGCUUCUCGCGACGAAGCUGCUCUCACCGCCGUUGUAUCCCAAGGUGUCGUUCCUCCUCUGCGGGCCGGACGCGGAUGACCAAGGCCUGCGGGUGGACCUGAACGCGGUCAUCUGA